AAUACCAACCAAAAAAAAAUUAUGAAAUUUUUUUUGUUGUUUUCUCAAUACAAAAAUAAUUUUUUGUGAUGCUUUUUCUGUUGAAUGAAAUUCGCAGAAAAAUCGCAAAAAAAAUCCCCAAAAUUUGUUGUGUCUCUAAACAAGUAUAAUAACAUAAUAUAUAAACGGUAUAAUAUUUGGACUCGCGAUUCGGUUCGGGAUCGUUGCGCCAUAGCUUAAGAGCCCCCCGUGAAAGAACUGUACCGGUCGUCACGUCGCUCUUUGGAGGUUUUUCGAAAAAAAUACCAGCAAAGAGAUACCCACCAGGAAAAUGCGUAAAUUUCGAAUACAGUCCAAAACGGGUGUACAAUAAGCCAACAAAAACAGGAUCCCUCAGCGGUUAAGGAACACCUCAUCAAUGGUCUCUCAUUUCAAUUGGUCUACAGAAGAACCACCGACAAAUAGCUACGAAAGGAACAACUAUUACGAUCGCAGCAGUCGCCUGAACAGUUACCAGCCAACAACAACAACCACUAACAACAACAGUAGUCCUUCUGCCAGCAGCGUUACAGCCACAGGAACCGCAGGAGGAGGAGUAGGAGGUGCAGUAGGAACCACUGAUAGAUCAAGGAACAGAGAUCGCCUGUACAGGAAUGGUUCAGCAGCCCCAACGAACAACACUACGACAGCAGCCAGUACAACGCAAUCGACAACAACGGCAGCAGCAACAGCAGGAGCCGCGCCGGCGCCGCCACAAGCGUUAGGUGAUCGUAGCAACAACAACAAUAUACAACAUCAUCAGAACACUCCUCGGGUGGUGGCACCGCAGUCAUGGUACGAAGCCGCCGCUGCUGCAACGGCCCAAUUAAAAAGUCCUGGUGGCAGUGGCAAUGCCGGCGCCUCAGCAGCUACUACCACAGCAGCGACAGCAGCGGCAGCAGCAGCAGCUACAGCAGCUACAACAGCCACAGCUCAAGGUACAGCCGGCGGCUUUACAAUGAGCAGCUCACCGAUCAAUCAUCAGCAGCAGCAGCCACAUCCUCCUCCGCAUCAUUUACAUUACAGCAGCGCCACCAGUGGAGCAGCGCCAUCCGUGGGAUGUGCCGCCACCGCAGCCGCCACCUCCGCCUCGUACUCAUCACCCGCCCAGGCGGCGACCACCGCCGUGCAUCGCAGUGUCGCCUAUGCGGGGAGUGCUGCGGAUGAUCGGGAUGCAAUGCGCAAGAGUCACCACAGCCACCACCUCCACCACAACAACAGCAGUGGCAGUGGCAGCGGCAGUGGCAGUAAACUCAAUAAGCUGCUCAAAGGGGGAGCCACAGGACGCUGUGGCUCUGAAUCGCCAGGAGGAACCGCAGCAGUAGCAGCAGCAGCAGGAGUAGCAGGAGUAGUAGGAGCUGCCACGACGAUGACGAUGACGACGACAAGUACAAUCACAAACAAUAGUUUUAGUAAUAAUAGUUUAAAUAAUACAAUAACCACGGCAACUCCGACGAUGCCAACGAUUGCAUCUGAAUCUACAACUGCAUCCCCUGGAGGUGCAACAACAACAGCAGCAGGAGCAGAGGGUAGUGGCAGCGGAGCAAUCAGCGGCAGUGGCGGUGACAUUCUAAAUGUGGCCGCUGCCCUGGCAGCUGUCGUCGAUAAUGGGACAUCCACCUCUGCGUCUGCAUCAGCAUCAGCAUCCGCCUGCUCCCCAGCACUGACAUCAUCAUCCUUGUCCUCGUCGAGGCCACACCAGCGACACCACCAGCAUCACCAUCAUAAUCAUCAGCAUCAUCUGCAUGGACGCAGCACCACCUCGUCAAGUCGGUCGCAUUCGCGUUCGCCGAGCAGCUACAGCAGCUCACACAGCUCCUCGUCAGCGUCGUCGCACUCAUCGUCACAUUCGCACGCGUCCAGUCCGGUCCAGUCGGGCAUCCAAUGUGCAUCAGAUGGUCGUAGCAUCUCCCGCAGCAGUCUCCAGUCGGUGGCUGUCAACAGCACUUCUUCAAAUCCCAGUGGCAAUGCUGGAGCCGUGGCCAUCCCUAGUGGCAGUGGUGGCGGUUGUGGUUCCAGUUCCAGCAGCAGCAGCAGCAGCUCUAGCAGCAGCAGCAGCGGCAGUGGCAGUGGCGGCGGCUCCUCCUCCUGCCUCGCUGUCAAUCCUGUGGUGCAUUCCGAAGAUAAUCGCCCACUGGCGAUACGCGUACGCAACCUGCCCGCCCGUUCCUCGGACACAUCCCUCAAGGAUGGUCUCUUUCAUGAGUACAAAAAGCACGGCAAGGUCACGUGGGUGAAGGUCGUCGGCCAGAAUUCGGAGCGCUAUGCCCUCGUCUGCUUCAAGAAGCCCGACGAUGUGGAGAAGGCCUUGGAGGUCUCCCACGACAAGCACUUUUUCGGCUGUAAAAUCGAGGUGGAACCCUACCAGGGCUACGACGUCGAGGACAACGAGUUCCGGCCGUACGAGGCCGAGUUGGACGAAUACCAUCCCAAGUCGACGCGUACCCUGUUCAUCGGCAAUCUGGAGAAGGACAUCACGGCAAGCGAGCUGCGUGUGCAUUUCGAGAGCUUCGGGGAGAUCAUCGAGAUCGACAUCAAGAAGCAGGGCCUCAACGCCUACGCCUUCUGUCAGUAUUCGGACAUUGUCUCCGUGGUGAAGGCCAUGCGCAAAAUGGAUGGCGAGCAUCUGGGCAGCAACCGCAUCAAGCUCGGCUUCGGCAAAUCCAUGCCCACCAACUGUGUGUGGAUCGAUGGGGUGGGCGAGAAGGUCUCCGAGUCGUUUCUGCAGUCGCAGUUCACGCGCUUUGGCGCUGUCACCAAAGUGAGCAUUGAUCGCAUGCGGCAGCUGGCAUUGGUGCUGUACGAUCAGGUGCAGAAUGCCCAGGCAGCGGUCAAGGAUAUGCGUGGCACCAUCAUGCGUGGCAGGAAGUUGCAGGUGGACUUUGCCUCCAGAGAGUGUCAGGAUGCGUUCUAUGACAAGCAGGAGAAGCAGCAGCAACAGAAUGCUGGUUCCUCUUCGCGUUUCAAUCGCUAUGAGUCCUCCACAUGCUCCUCUUCCUCCUCCGCACAGCAGUCCAGAUCGCGUGCCUCCUCCUUUAGCCGCCAUCAGACAAACUCCAACGAUGGCUGCGAUGCUGGCAGCAAUACGCCGACGAGCGGUGGCAGCGGCACCCCCUCGGGUAGCUCUGCAAUGCCUGCCCCCAGCAUCGCCUCUGCUAUUGUGAGCAGUAGUAGCUCCAGCAUUAGCGGUGGCAUCAGUGGUGCUCCGGUAACGGCAACAGCAGCAGCUUCUGUGGCUGGAGCUUCCACUGCCACGCUGCCAUCUGUGGUGGGGAGCAGCAGCAGCAGCAGCUGUUCGUCAUCGAUGCCGCCCAUGUCACCGGCUGCCAUGGCGCAGGUGAGGAUGCGCAUGGCAAGGAAUGCGAGGCACACCAUCGACUUUGAUAUGAACGAUGUGGCGGCACAACGAAGAUUUCGCGCUGCUGGCAACAUAGAGGAGCCUCACGACGAAGACACAAACGCCACAGCUGUGGGCAGUCGUUGCGAUUCGCCAGUGAUUGCACGCCUGGGCCCCGUACUUGGCGGUAUUGGAGGCUCCAGCGGAGAAACCCCCAUGGAAGCGACGCUGAUUAACAGCAACAGCAGCAGCAUAAGCGUGGGAGGAGCCAAUCGGCGACGUUGCGAGCAACUUCUCCUCGACGAAUGCCCGUCCAGUGGUGAUGAGGGGGGAGGCGUGGUCAGUCCCAGGAAGCGCAUCAAAAUGGAUUACCAUCACCUUCAUCAUCAUUCCAAUGCCUCGGGGCUGGUGGAUCCCUAUCCCUCCACUGGGGACAAGCAGCAGCAGCAGCAACCUUUGACCCUAUCCAACUGUGAUGUGAUACACGAUCCCCUCAAUCGCAAGAGCGAGAUCCGACGUGUGUCCGAGGCAUCUCCCAGCAGCAACAGCAACAGCAUGAAGUUCCCUGGACACCAGCCACCGCCCUCCCUGAUGAUCAGCUGCCGACGGCCGUCCAUUGAUGUGGGCGCCUUGUCGGCGCUCUCCAGCUCUUCGGCGUUUCGCCACGGACUGGUGGGGGCCAGCAGCAUGGAUCAGCAGCAUCAGCAACAUCAGCAGCAACAGCACAUGAUGAAUGCCUCGCUGGCCGCCAAGCGACGGCGUGUGGCGCCCAUGCAGCAGCCCCCCACAAUGGGGAACAACAGCAGCUCCGGCGGUGGUCUGCUGCUGGGCGGAGGAGUCACCGGAGUGACGCCCAACGAUGAGGCGUACCAUCAUCAUGCCUCGCGAGGACGCGGCCAUCAGCUACAUUCCCAUCACUCGCACGAGGCCAGCGGCGGGGAGAGUGCGGACGGAUCGCGGCCGGGUACGCCCCUGUGCGAUGAGCGACCCGAAGUGCUGCCCUCCGAGCCCCGACGCCUGCCCCCGCCGAGAGAACGGACGCGGGAAAGAGUAAGGGAGGUGAUGUGGCUGCCAAUGCCCAAGUUUGGCUACUCGUUCAUCCAGCAGCAUCGCAGUGGCCCUGGCAGUGGCAGUGGCGGAGGCAGCGGCAGCGGCAGCGGCUGCUCAUCGAGCAGUGUAUCCAACUACCUGUUGGGAUGCUCCUCGGUAGCCGGCGGGUCCUCCUGCUCCUCCAGCAACAACAACAGCAACUCUAGUCUAAGUGCAGGACUCGGCAGUGGAUUGGGCGGCACGGGAUCAUCAUCGGCCUUCCUGCCGAGCCCCUCCUCACGCUACUGGCGAUCCUCCUCGCACCACUCGCACCAGCAUCACCAUCAUUCGCACCACUCGCAGCAGCAGCAACAACAGCAACAGCAGCAGCAGUCGUCUUCGGGCUCCUCCUUGGGCCUGAUGGCCAGUCCGGCGCGUCCACGCUCGCUGAGCUCCAAUUCGAGCGACUCGGAUGUGCCCGGACAUGCCGGGGGAAGCCCCUCGCUGGACGAACGCCUCCGCAACUUUGAGGAGAACUACGAGCGAUGGUCUGGCGGCAGCAACACCCAGCAGCAGCAUCAGCAGACGGGCAGCAACACCAAUUCCAGCCACGGUCACAGCCACAGCCACAGCCAUGCCCAACAGUCGAGCAGCACGACGCCCUCGUGGCAGCUGUCGAUGCACACGAAUCUGAGCGGCUUGAGCACGCAUCCGGCCAACUCUGGCAACAGCAACAGCUCCAGCGGCACGGCCUCCAGCUGCCAUUCGGCGAGCAACUCGCGGCACAAGUUCCUGGACAUUGACGAGCUGCAGCCGUCGGAUAUCGUCAAGUCGCUGCUCGCCAAGAAGUCCAUCUUCGACGACGAUCUGCAGCGGCUGAAGAAGAACCAGUGGUACGAUCCGUGCAGUGCGGACUUCGCCAUCGGCUCCACCUCCACGGGAUCCACCGCGACAGCUUCGCGGCAUGGCCUGUGCAGUGGGAACACCUCCCCGGCGCUGCUGCCCAAUCUGGCGGCCACCAAGACGACACCCAUCAUUGGCAACUGCACGCCCAUUCUGUCCAACUCGACGAGCACCAACAAGACGACGAGCGGACUGCUCCAGCGGCUGAGCAGCCUGUCGCCCAUGAACUCGCCCCAGGCCUCGAUGUCUCCCUACAACAGUCCCUCGCCCUCGCCAUCGGUGGGAGCGGCCACGCCAAGCGGACAACUUGCGUCCAUGAAGCCCAUCGCUGGAUGCAGUAACAGCAGCAGCAGCAGCGGCAGUAGUGCAGCAGGCGGAGGAGUGAUUCCCACGGCUACGGCGGUCGCCGCUGCCUCGGCAUCGGGAUCCCCAGCAGCCACAUCGGGAGCCACCAAAGGUCUGCAGUAUCCGUUUCCCAGUCACCCGCCUCUGCCAAACACUGCGGCACCACCGCCAGCCGUGCAGCCAGCACCCCCGCCACCGCCAGAGACGCCAGUGACGGUGACACAGAAGCAGCAGCAGCAGCAACAAUCAGCAGCCAAGACUUCACCAGCAGCGGGACCGCCACCAGCAGCCAACAGUCUGACUAAGAGUCUGAGCGUGCCCGCCGAGCCACUGCCGUCGCAGUCGCCCAGCGCCAGAGCACAGCUGCAGAAGUCCGCCUCUGUGCCGGGCAGCACGAAUGUGGGGACAACUACUACCUCCAGCACAAGCAGCAACAGCAACAGCAAUGCCCCCUCGAGCUCAUCCAAUUCCACAUCAUCGUCCAACGGUAACAGUUCCUCAGCAACAACAGCCACCACAACACAUGUACAAAAGUCCCAACAGCAACAACAGCAACAACAGCAGCAGAACUCCAGCGAAGAGGAGCACAAGAGCAAGACAUCCGCAUCCGCAUCCACAUCGCACUCCUCCUCACACUCCUCCUCCCACUCGCACUCCCACAAGAGCAAGAGCAGCAGCAGCAGCAGUGCCCACGGUGGCGUGGACAGGAGCCACAGCACGAACCGAUCCAACAGCUUGGAAAAGGCCCACAGCUCGAACCGAGCCAACAGCACGGACAAGUCUCACUCUGUGGACAAGCACAGCAGUACGAACCGUUCCAACAGCACGGACAAGGCGAAUUCCACAAACAGAUCCAACAGCACAGACAAGUCCCACUCGACGACGACCACGACUACGACAACAAAUCGUUCGAACAGCGUGGACAAGUCGCACAGUGGUGCGAACCGUUCGAACAGCACGGACAGGUCCCACAGCAGCAGCAGCAGACAUAACAGCCGCUCGGAAGGCGGCGACAAAAAGUCGAAAAAGAACUCCGACAAGAGUUCCGUUUCAUCUUCGACGACCGGGGACAAGCGCAAGAAUUCCGCGACCUCUCAAUCGUCCAAGUCAGCGACUCCGCGCAUCGAAGACUCGACGGACACGGACGAUCCUGGGGAGCGAUCCGAAAAGGAGCAGCGUCAGGAGCGGGAGAAGGCGCACCAGAAGGAGCGCCAUGAGAGGGAGAAGCGCAAGCACCAAGAGCGCGAGGAGAAGGAUAAGGAGCGGAAGGCACACCAUCCACAACCGGAGGAGAAAGAGAAGUCUCAUCAGGACCGGAAAGCACACCACCAAGGGGAAAAGGAAAAAGAAAAAGAAAAAGAGCGCAAGGUUCACCAGGAGGAGAAGGAGCGCAAGACCGAGCAGGAGGAUAAGGAGAAGGAGCGCAAGGCCAAAGAAGAGAAGGAGCGCAAGGCUCAAGAAGAACGCGAGCAAAAGGAGCGUGAAGAAAGGGAGCAGCAGCGAGUGCAAGAGCAGCGAGAACAGGAUCAGCGAGAGCAGGAGAAACGAGAGCGAGAGCUGCGCGAAAAGGAGCAUCGGGAGAAGGAACAUCGCGACCGGGAUCACCGAGAGAAAGAACAAUCCUCGCGACGUUCCAUCUCGGACUCGGACCAAGAGUCCCGCAUGUCUCGGAUGCGCGAGAUGUCUUCAUACCACAAGAGCAAAACUGAUGCCAGCUCCGAGGCCAGCAGCUUCUACUCGCACAAUGUCACGCCCAGCGUAUCCACUGAAUGCGAGCGGCAGCACAACAAAGAGAAUGCCGCCGAUGCCGCAGCAGUGCCACCCUCGUCCUGUCCCACGCCAGCGCACGAUGGCAGCAACGCCGCUGCCGCGAAGGAUCGCUCGCGGAAAUCCUCGAGGAACUCUCCCGGUCCCCGCAUCCACAAGCGUCGCCUGAGCUCGCAGGAUAGCAACCACAGUGGCGCCACAGGAGGAGGCGUCGGUGGUCUGCACAAUCAUCACGAUGACUAUGUGAAGCGGAUACGCAUGGAGAACCAUCAGAAUCCCAUACCCAGCCAGAACAAUCAGAAUCAGAGCCAGAGUCAGAACCAGCGGCUCAACGAUCGUCACGACGGAGCCAAGGACCAGCAGCAGCAUAAGAGCAGUAACAGCAGCUCCAAGGAUGCUGACUCCAAGACACCAAACUGCAGUUCCUCGCACUCCAAGUCGCAUGGCAGUGGCGGCAGCUCAUCCUCCUCCUCGAAGCAUCAUCGCAGGGAGAAGCAUCACUACAAGAGCAUAGGCAUAGCGAGUGCCAGUGCCCCCUCUUCGAUGGAUGUCACUGUCACACCAUCGAUGGAUAUGCUGGAUGUGACUUCCAACCCAAAGGCAGCAGCACUCAAGCAGCAACAGCAGCUGCUCAAUACCAGCGAGGAGGAGCAGCAGGCACAGCCACAGCCGAAGCGGGAGAAGGAGAGGGAUCGCGAGAAGGGAGACAGGGGGGAACACCAUCACCACAGCAGCAGCUCCUCUUCGCGCCACAAGAGCAAGCGAGAGCGUGAGCACCAUCGGGAGCACCAUCGCGAAAAGAAGCGACAUUCUGUGGCCGAGUCCACCAACACCGAUGAGGAGCAGCAACAGCCUCUACAGCACAUGCACACACACUCGCAUCUCCAGCUGCAGCAUCAGCAGCAGCAGGAGGAGGGGGAGCAGGAGCAGCAUCAUCAUCAUAAUCCCCAUAGACGGACCUCCGCCACUGGCAGUGGCUCUGCGGGAGAACUGAGCUCCGCUCCGACCAACACCUCCAGUGGCAAGGGCCAUCGGGAGGGAUCGCACCACCAUCAUCACCACCAUCGAAGGAGGAGCGUGGACAGAAAGUCGUCGAGGGGCUCCGACGAGGGGCACCACUCGUCGAAAUCGUCGCGCAGCAAGUUGAUGAUGCUCAGCUCCGCGGACUCGGACGACACCGACGAUGCCUCCAAGAAGCACUCGAUCUUCGACAUACCCGACGACUGUCCCAAUGUCUCGAUGUACGACAAGGUGAAGGCCAGGAGCUGCAAGAACAUGCAGCGGCAGGCCGAGGAGAAGAAGAUCAAGGCGAAGUUCUCGCAGCUGAAGCAGUCGCGGGCCAAGAAGAAGCGCUCCACCAGCUACGACGGCGACUCGGAUACGGAGUUCGAGGACCGCCAUCACCGGAACAGCGGCAGCAGCAGCUUCCACGGCCGCCACAUCGGUCUCUCGAGCAGCGACGACGAUGACGACGACGAGGAUGAGAUGAUGCAGAGCCACAGCCAUAGCCGCAUAUUCUCGGAUUCGGAUGCGAGGUCCGAGGUGGAUCACGAAGCGGUGGCCAGUCGCGUCCUCCAGAUGCAGCAGAAUCUGCGCCGUCUGUGCGACGGGGACGACAGUUCGGAGGACGAGAUACGCAGGAACUUCACCAAGCACAAUCAGCACGGAAAGCGCAACUCGCAUUCGACGCGCAUCGCCUCCGAUUCGGAGUCGCAGUCGCAGCCAGGAGCGCCCGAGAUGCAGGUGCAGAUCAAGCAGGAGCCACAGACAGAGCCACAGCUAACACAGUCAGAGAUGGAGCUGGAGCUGGAACUGGAGCCAGAGAUCAAGCAGGAGCAGCUGUCGGACGGGGGAGAGCAGCUGAAGACAGAGUUCAAGUCCCGUCACGACUCCAACUCCUCGAUGGAGGAGCGCAAGCUAAAGACGGAGAUCAAGAAGGAGUAUGGGGAUUUCUACAACUCUGCCGGUGGCUACUCCAAUGCCUACUCCGACUCUGGGACUCCCGGCAAGAUCAAGGACUACUCCCCGGAGACGCGCAAGAAGCACAAGAAGAGCAAGAAGCGCCUGAAGUCCUCCUCUUCCCGAGAGGUAGAAGCCCAGCAGCAGCAGCUACAGCAGCAGCCCCCGCCGCAGCCACCGCCAUCCCUCGUUGUGUCCAUAGCCACGCCCUCGAUCUUCGAUGUGCAUACGUCUGAUUUGAAGGGAAACAAGUUUGUGGAUAGCUUUGAAGAUCUAAAGACGGAACGGGAGCGAGAUCGGGAGCGGGAACGGGAGAGUGUCCUGCCCAUAUCGUUGGACAUUUCGGCGAGCGAGAGGCGGAAGCACAAGGAGCGCAAGGAGAAGAAGCGCGAGAAGAUGAGGAACCUCUCGGCGGAAACAAACAGCGGUGCCACCAUCGCUGGGACCACAGCCACCACAACAACACCACACAUGAGCAGCGGCAGCACACCAACAGCAGUGGCAGUGGCAGCAGCAGCAGCUGCAGCUGUUCCGCCUGGAAGCAGCAGCAGCAACGAUCUGGGGGAGGGAAAGUUGGAGAAGCUGUCAAAGGAGGAGAGACACCGCUUGAAAAAGUCAAAGAAAUCCAAGAGUUUGGAUACCUCAUCCUCCUCCUCGACGAGGCUGUACAAUGCCUCCUCUGGCGGCAGCAGCCUUGUGCCAGCAGCCGCAGCAGCCACAACAGCAGCAGCAUCCCCAGUGGCCGCGUCUGUGCCUGUGUCCGCCGUUCCUGCCACACCCAGCUCGGCGCCAGCUCUCACUCGAGACAAGACACGGGGCGAGGACAAGAUGGAGUUCAUCUUUGGCAUCAUCUCGGACGAGGAUGAGUCGCAGUUCCCAGACGAGCAGCCAGAAGGCGGAGUCAAGGAGAUCUCCUCGAGGGAGCCGAUUGUGUCGGCUGCCCUGCAGACAUACAAACAGGAGCCGCCAUCCACACCCACCUCGGCCAAGAUCCAGGAGAACCAAUUGCCCAUCCAAGAGGAUCAGCCAGCACCUGUGGAGAGAGCACCCCGCCAGACGGGCGGCACCUCCUCCUCCUCCUCGCAUGCGGACAGAGAGCGUCAUCGCAAGGAGAAGCGCGAUAAGAAGCGACGCGAAAGGUCCCAUCGAGAGCAGCAGCAGCAGCAGGCGGCCCAGCAGCAAUCCUCGUCCAAUGCGACAAAGAUCGAGGACGACAACAGCGUGGACAUGGAUGAGGCGGGACGGGCGUUGGAGGCCCAACUGAUGGAUGACUUUGACAGCAAGAUGAUGCCCGAGGAGGCCACGCCCUCGACGGCCAACACCUACAGAUCGGACAUGGCCGAUGUGUUCCGCUUCUCGGACAACGAGGACAACAACUCCGUGGAGCUGAAGCUGCCAUCAUCGAUGGGAGGAGUCGGCAAGCAGCCGGUGGAGGAGCAGCACAAGAGCAAGGACAAGAAGAAGAAAAAGAAGCGCUCCAAGGAGGAGAAGCAGGAGAAGUUGCUGCGCAGGGAAUCGGUGCCCACCCCGGGGAUUCUGUCUGCUCCCCCGACGCCCGGCAAGCUGACGGUGAACGUCCAGGCAGCUGCCAAGCAUGCGGAUGAGCAGAUGGACGCCAAGCACCGUCCUGCAUCGCCGCCGCUGUGCAAGCCCUCGCCGAGUCUGCCCUGCCUCAUUGGAGACGAUGACGAUGAGGAUGUGGUGGUGCCCCCCAAGGUCCCCGUGCAUCCCUCAGUCACCCUGCCACCGAGCACUCCCACCAGCAGCAGCACAAGGGGCAGCGACAGCCUCACACCCUCGCGCGAGAAGCCUCGCCUGAUCAGCCCCAUUCCCAAGACGCCGACCAUCACGAACAGCUCCAUGCUGUCCACACAGUCCGCGGAGACGCCAGUUAGCAGUGGUGCAGCGGCGGGUGCCAAUUCCUCGGCGCUGGCCACGACACCCACAUCCUCGACAACAGCCGCCGCGGCCGCCGCAGCAGCCUCCGCAGAGAGUUCGCCCACAAGUGCGGCGCUCGGGAAGAAGAAGGACAUCUUCAUUCCCGGCUUCGAUGGCCAGCUGGAUGACAGGAUCAGCGAGUCGGCUGUGCAGUCCAUCUCCGCGGAGUUCAACAGCGGCUCCCUGCUGGAUCCGUUGGGAGAUGAGCCCAAGAUUCCGGUCGCCUCGCCACCGGGAGCCACCAAGCCACUGGACAAAAUGGAGGACAGCAAAUCGCGGGUGACCAUCUCCCAGGAGGAGACGGAGAGCGCCGUGUCAGCGCUGCUCGGCGAGAGCUUUGGCACCUCCUCGACGGCCGACUACUCGCUGGAUGGCAUGGACGAGAGUGAAAUGGAGACGCCGGCUAUCGUUGUGGCCGAACCCGAUGAGGAGGCCGCGCUGGCGGCCAAGGCAAUCGAGGGAGCCGUCGAAGAGCAGCCACCAGCCAUUCUGGAAGAUGAGCCCGAAGCAGAGCCAGGAACAGAGGCAGAGGCAGAAGCGGAAGCAGAACCCCCAGUGGUGGUGGUGGGAGCAGGAGGCGGCGUCCUGGAUCCAGAUGAGAUCAACAAGGCUGUGCAGAGUCUGAAGCACGAGGACAUGAUGGACAUCAAGGCAGACACACCGCAGUCGGAGAGGGAUCUCCAGAUAGACACGGACACCGAGGAGAAUCCCGACGAGGCAGACAGCAGUGGACCGAGUCUCAAGAUUGAUGAGACCGUUCAGAGCUCCUCAUCGCCAGAGAAGUCUAUGUCGAGCAGCAGCAGGGAAGCGGCGACGGCGUCCAAGGCAUCUUCCCCAGUGGAGGAUAAGAAGGGUCCACCUUCGGUGAUCACGAAGCUGCCAUCUUUGGAGCAGCAGAAGCCCCCAUCGGUGAUGAUUGGCGGCAGCUCCUUGACAUUGACAUCUUCCCCCGCGAAGAUUGAGCCGCCGACAAUCAGCAAACUGCAGCAGCCGUUGGUGCAGCCCGUGCAGACGGUGCUGCCCGCACCCCCAGUGCUACCUCCUCCAUCCGUGUCCGUAUCGAUAGCUCCUGCAGCUGCGCCGGCAUUGGCAGCUGCCCCGCAUCCGACUCCCACGCCCGUCAUCAAUCUGGAUCUGUCCAAUGUGAUGGGCAAUUGCUCGAACAGCAGCAGCUCAGUCUCUCCCUCGAUAUCCUUCGGGAGUCCCAAUCCCAGCCAGAGCAUCCCCUGCAUGCCGCAGGCCUCGACGCCCAAGCAGACGCCCCAACAGCUGGCACUGCGCACACAGUCGCUCAUCAUGCAGCCACCGACCAUCUCCAUUCCAGAGCAGACGCCGCACUUUAUGGUGCCCCACAUGGUACUCUCGCCCCAUCAUCCGCAGCAGCAGCAGCAACAGCAGCCGACGCCCGGAGGUUACAUUAUGGGCAUUCGGGCACAGUCGCCGCAUAGUCCGCUGCUGUCGCCGGGACGUGGCGGACCAUCCAUCAAUCGAGUGGUGGGUCAACUGAGUCCUGCGGGUCGUCCCGUGCCAGGAGGGGUUAACCAACAACAGCAGCAGCAGCAACAACAACAACAGCAUGCUCUGAUGACUUCCCCUCAGGGCGGCAACAUGAGUCCUUUGGCCAGUCCUACGCCGCGAGUGGCCGCCGGCAGCAAUACCACAUCACCCACCACGAGCAAGCCGAACAGCUACCAGCCACGAGCCCAGGCCCAACAACAGCAGCAACAGCAGCAACAGCAGCAGCAGCAGCCAUCGCCCAAGUCUCUGAUGGAUCUGCAAUCGUCGCCACAACUGAUUCCCAUGCCGAUGCAGAAGAUGCCGCCCAUGCAGGUGCCACACCAUCCGACAAUCAUCAGCAAGGUAGUGACAGUGCAGCCGCAGCAGGCGACCCAAUCCCAGGUGGCAAGUUCACCGCCAUUGGGCAGUCUACCGCCACACAAGAGUCUGCACGUGAACUCACAGCCACAGCCGCCACAUCAUCAGGCGCAGCAGCAACAGUUGUCGCCGCAAAUGAUGUCCAAGAUGACGGCAGCCCAUCAGCAGCAUCAACAUCAGCAGCAAGUGCACCAGUUUAUGCACCAGCAGAUGUUGCAACGACAGCAGCAGCAGCAGCAUAUGCAACAGCAGCAGCAACAACAUGGACAUCAGCAGUCGCAACAGCAACAACAACAACAUCAGCAGCAGCAGCAGCAGCAACUCCAUGGACAGCAGCAACAUCAACUUCAGCUGACGCCCGUGCAACAACAUCAGUUGCAGCAACAGCAACAGCAUCAGCAUCAGGCGGGACAGCAGCAGUUGACUCCCAUGCAGCAUCAGCACUUCCAACAGCAACAGCAUCAGAUGAACCAGCAGCAGUUGAACCAACAGCAACAGCAGGCACAGCAGCAGCAACAUCAGGUCCAGGCCCAGCAGCAGCAGCAGCUGAACCAACAGCAGGCACUGCAAGCGCAGCAGAUGCACAUCCAGAAGAUGCAACAGCAGAUACAACAACAUCCUGCCCAGCAGCAACAGCAGCAGCAGACGAAUGCUUCGCCACACUUGGGUCCGCCACCACCGAUGUUUGCACAGCAUCCGCCGCGUGGCAUGCCCAACCAGCAGCAGCAGCAGCAGCAGCAGUUGCCACACAGUCCGCCCUGCAAGCCAAAUCCAAUGAUGCACAGUCCAUCAUUGCUGGUGAGAGUGCCACAACCGCAACAGCAGCAGCAACCAUCGAUGCAGCAGCAGCAAUCCUCUCCAGGAGCCACGCAAAUGCCGCAUCCAUCGCCGCAACUGAAUGUGAUCCAGAGUCCAACUACCAAGCAGCAGAUGAUUGUGCAGCAGCAUAUCGUGCCACCGCCAGCAGGACAAGCACCGAGCACAGCCAAUGCGAUUCACUACCCAACGCAACCAAAUGCGAAUCCCAAUGUCAAUCCCAGUCCCAAUGCCAAUCCCAUCAAGGAGAACGCAGUGGAGAAAUCUCUGGCCAUCAAGACGUCGGAGAGUGUUUCGGUGAUACGGACACCCACACCCACGACCAGCGGCAGUCCGGCGAUAAUCUCACCGAAGGCGGCAGCCAGUGCCACAUCCCUGCUGACGGAGGAGAAUCUCAUCAAGAUAUCGCAGCCCAAGCAGGAUGAGCUGAUCGAGCAGGACUCCAAGGAGGUGGACAGCGACUAUUGGUCCGCCAAGGAGGUGAAUAUCGAUAGUGUGAUCAAGAAGCUGGACCCGCCUGCAGUCAUCAAGGAGGAGAAGCGUUCGCCCAUCGAGAUGCCAAUGCCCCCGACAGUCGUUCCCCCAGUGGAGGUGCCAACACCCGCCAUACCCACAGAAACACCAGUGCCGACCCCGUCUCCUGCUCCUGCUCCUGCUCCAGCCCCUGCUCCUUCUCCAUCUGUAACUAUCAACAGUUCGGUGAACGAUCACGACACGGAGGACGAGACGGAGACGCGUCAGAUGCCCCCGAAGCCCAGCACGCCGACUGUGGGCAGGCCGCCGGGUCGUGGAGGCGCCAGCAAGCGUGGAAGACAGCCGCGUGGCGCCAAGAAGCAGGGAGGACUCCCGCUGGCCACGCCAGGUGUUGCACCAGGAGGUGAUGCUGGCUUAGGCAUCACUCCUGGCGACAAUGGAGUGCAGACGCGUCUGAGGAAGCCGGUGACGGCGCCUGUGACUCGCGGCAGGAAGGGCCGUCCGCCCAGGAAUCUUCUCCUGCAACAGCAGCAGCUCCAACAGCAACAACUGGCGCAGCAGCAGCAGCAGAAGUCUAUGGAAAUGUCGACACCGACACCCACUGCACCAGCAACAACAGCUGUGGCAGCGGUGACGCCCACUCCAGUGCCGACGGCCGCUGAGAAGAAGGCCAGGAAUCAGGCGUUGACUCAGGCACAGGUAGCGACUCCGCCUGGGGUGUCCAGGUCCAGCCAGGACAUUUAUGAGUUCAACGAUGACUCCGGGGAGGCGCCCAAGCCAAAGAUUGCCGCUGUGGUGGCGCCAGCGGAGGAUCAGCGGCCGCGUCUCAUUCUGACGAUUAACAAGUCGCAGCCGUCGAUCAAGAGUAGCACCGAAGUGGAGCCACCAGCAGCAGCGCCACAGCCACAGACAGAGGCACAAGCACAGUCCCAGCCCCAGCCCCAAACCCUGCCACAGCCGCACAACGAUGCCAUCAUUAGCGACAACUCGAGCGAAUCCAGCAACACGCGCAAGUCGCGCCGCCUGCAGGAGAAGGAGGAUCGCAGCACAGUGGAUGACAUCAUCGAGGAUGUGGUGCGGAAUACCAACACCCAAAUGGCCGCUGGACUUGUCCAGCAGCUGCCAAAGGGCGCCCAGACGCCUCCCCGCCGCUCCGGACGGAAUGCCCAGACGAAGAAAACAGAUCUCGUGAAUCCGACCAAUGCCGUGGGUCGUCCACGACGCUCGAAGGACAGGAAGACCAUCUCGGAGCCGCUGACGAGCCUAAUGGAGGACUCAUCGCAGUCCUCAUCGCCUGCACCGCCCGCAACUCCCAUCCUGCAUGCGCCCGAGCAGCCACAUAUGCCACAGCUGGACAGCAAAGAGGUUGAACCCACAGCCCCGUCAUCUGCCGUUCCUGUUCUUGCUGCUAUUCCUGCUGCAGUGCCAGUGGCACCAGUGAUGCCCGUGCCGAAGCCCACGAUACCGCAGCAUCCCAAGAAAAAGGCGAUCGCUGCGGCGGAGAUCGAAUCGUAUCAGGCCAUCAACUCGUCGAUACCCAGCGGAGGGCUACCCAUGCACCAGACGGCAGCUCCGGCCGCCACGCAAAAGAUCACAGGAGGAGCAGCGGAUGCCGUGAGCAAGGCCCUGGUGGAUCCCGUCACGGGAGUCAUCACCGCGGGCAUGCCACAGGGCAAGGAGGGUAACCUCCCGGCAGCCACGGCUGCAGCUCCCACCAACAGCAGCAGCAAUGAGGCGGCACCGCAGAUGCAACAGCAGCAGCACCAGCAGCAGCAGGCGCUGCCACAGCAGCAGAUCAAUGCCACAGUUCUGGCUCCGACUACGGCGGCGGCGCCCAUCACAGCGCUGGGCAACAAAUCCGCGCAGCUGGAGGCAGCUGCUGCGGCGGCUAUGCUGAACAAACCCGUCAGCGUGUUGGUCAAGGGCAAUGCCAAUGCCUCACCUUUGGUGAUGCAGCAGCAACAGCAGGGACAACCGCAGUUGGUGGCGCCACCAAAGCAACAACCGAUUGUGCUGCAACAGAACCCAUUGCCCACGGUGUUGCAACAUGCGCAGCUGAGCAACGUGCGGCCACCGCAGCCACUGAAGGCGCAUGUCCUGAACAGAGAAAAGAAUCUACAGCAUCAGCUGACGCCCACCAAGCAGCCGCAGCCAGCGGUUGCGGGACACAUGCUACUCACAGAUGCGGCAGGCAAUCAGCUGCUGCAGCCGCAAAUCAUAGCACGCCACUUGCAACAGCAGCAGCAGCAGCAUCUGCUGGUGAAUGUGCCACCACCAUCGGCACAUUCGCCCAGGAUUCAGGGUCAACAGCAGCAGCAGCAGCAACAUCAGCAGCAGAUAGGAGCGGCAGCAUCCAUGCCCCAACAACAGCAGCAGCAGACGCUCGUCAUCAAGCAGGCAACAUCAGCAGCACCACCGCAGAUCCUGCAUGUCGUGAGCUCCAAGGCUUCAGUGGUGCCGCAGCCACAGCAGCCACUGCCACCCACCUCCUCGGCGACGGGACAUAUGCAGCAGCUGGGAAAACCAAACUUUGGCUACGUGCCCACCGUCCUGCCACCUACAACAUCCACGGCAGCAGUACAACAUCCACAGCAGCUGUACAAGCCACCCAACCAGCAGAAGGCUGGACCACCGCAGGGAGUGCAAGUGCAGCUGCCGCCGCAUGGAAUACCCAUGCUGCCCAACCAUCCAGGAUUGCUGCUACAGCAGAAGGCCCCAGCACAUCUGCAGCCGCAGCAGCAUCAGUUGACGCCCUCGCCGCCGCCGGGCAAACCGAAUCCCGUGGUGCACAGCCUACAGGUGCAGGCAGGACAGAUCCUGCCAGGCAGUGUGGGCAGUCCGCCGCCCGUCUCGGUGGCAGCAGUGCUCAAGUCGGCGCAGCAGCAGGCUAACUCUGCAGCAGCAGCAGCAGCGGUGAUGCGCACAGCCAUUCCCAACAUCAGUCCGCAGGGACAGCCAAGGGUAUCCCCGCUGGUUCUGCCCCCAGGAAUGCCGGGAGUGCCGCCGUUCGAUACGAGUCUGCAUGAUCUGGGUGCCUAUGUCAGUGGACGACGCACCCAGAGCCCGCCGCCGGCCCAUCAGCAGGCAUCGCCCAUAACACCGAACGAUGCCACGUAUCGGGGUGUGGCUGCCUCCAGGGACUUUAUGAUCUAUCAACACCAUUUGAUGCGCAGCGGCGACUACGAUGACAAGAUGAUCAGCAACAGUCCGCCGUUGGAGCUGCGACGACCAGGCAGUGGACCACCGCGCACCAUUGCAGUGCCUCACAGCAUGCAGAGUCCACAGGAUCGCACAGCAGCGGACUCCCCCCAAAUGGCGCAAGUCUAUGUGCAUAAUGCUCGCAUUCCCCAUGCCCACUUCAGCGACAUGGCCACGCGGGCGGGCUACUACGAGGGCGGCGGCAUACAGCUGGAGCCGCCGCCAGCCCAUCGGCCAGCGGCCUCCAUUAGCGUGGUGGUGCCGCCACCGCCUGUCGGAGCGAGUGUCAGUCCGUUCCUGGGUCGUGAUGGCAGCCUGCAGCUAGAGGAUCGUGAGAGGGAGAUGGAGCGCAUGUCCAUGAUCGCAGCAGUCGUCAAACAGCAGCAGGAGCAAAUGCCAGCAGCUGUUCUGCACGCUGGCAUGGAGCUGGCUGCCGCCCAACAGCAGGCACCGCCAGCAAUGGCCCCGCCGCCGGGUGACUCGCUCGUGACACUGCUGCAACGCUAUCCCGUGAUGUGGCAGGGACUGCUGGCCCUGAAAACGGAUCAGGCUGCCGUUCAAAUGCACUUCGUGCACGGCAAUCCGAAUGUGGCGCGUGCCUCGCUGCCGAGUCUGGCGGAGAGCAGCACGCCGCUGUUGAGGAUUGCCCAGCGUAUGCGCUUGGAGCAGACGCAGCUGGAGGGAGUGGCCAAGAAGAUGCAGGUUGACAAGGAGCACUGCAUGUUGCUGGCGCUGCCAUGCGGCCGAGACCAUGCCGAUGUGCUGCAGCACUCGAGGAACCUACAGACCGGAUUCAUCACCUAUCUGCAACAGAAAAUGGCCGCAGGCAUUGUCAACAUACCCAUACCGGGCAGUGAACAGGCCGCCUACGUGGUGCACAUCUUCCCGGCCUGCGAUUUCGCCAACGAGAACCUGGAGCGUGCCGCUCCGGAUCUCAAGAAUCGCGUGGCCGAGUUGGCCCACCUCCUGAUUGUCAUAGCCACUGUCUAAGGCGCACACAUCCAGUACAGGAAGGACAGUGGCUGCACUAUCGGACCACCCUGACUAUGUAAAUCUCUAAGGAUGCGACACUUUACCCGGACUUUGACAAAAGAAAAACCCGCAAGAAUAGCAGCAGGCAACUACAACACACAACAAACAACCAACAAAACCAAUAAAACAAGUUACGCUCUUCUAGUAUUUUAAGUAAUUUUAAAUAGCGAUUAAACAAGCAAAAGUUUAAAAAAGCAAAGCAAAGCAAAAAAAUAACUUAAAGAAGCAGAAAUCACAUGCAAACUUUAUUGAAUAAAUAAAUGCAAGACAAGAGAGACGACGAGAAGAGAAGAGAAUAUGUAUUCAAAUAUCUCUAGCGGAAAGAGAAUGCACGAAGAGUGAAGAAUGUCCAAAAACAGAACUCAAACAAAGCGAAAUGCGAAAAGAUCCCUUUAGCAACCCCACUUGUAACACUUUAAAAGCAAAAGCAAAAAGCGAAAGCGAAACACGAUGAAUAUAUAUUUGUCUAAAUUUAAUUAUUUAACCUUCCCCUAAUUUAAUCCUUUAAAAGAAAAGAAAAAACAAAACAAAAAGAAAUGAAAAUGAAAAGAAAAGCUUGCAAAGUAUCGUUAAGUUUGAUCUCAAGAAAAGAAAGUUUUAUUUUUUGCUUAAUUUAAAAUGAAAGAAAACGUAAGAAAAAACACAUACCCACACACACAACAACAACACACACAAGCAAAUGUUAAACGAAAAAAAGCUUAAAACAUAAUAACUGUUUACUGUACUAUGCAUACUACUACCCAUACCAUACCAUACCAAUACCAUACAUAAUAUGAAUAUCCGAUUCUAUUACCCCAAAAUACCCCCCUCUCUACCUAACACGUUUAAGUUUUUCGAUUGGUGACUACUUUAAGGGUCCCCCCCCCCACCCAAAACACUUUUCCAUAUCUUACAAAGUUUCCGCCAGAAUGGUCCUAGAAUUUGUUGUUGAUUUUUCAACUGGGUUUCAUUGGCUCCAUGGAAGGCCUUCCUUCCCUCUGUAGAAGAAAGGCCUGGCAUAGACCCAAGCACCCACCCAUUCGAGCAAUUCGAGCGCCCAAGAACCAACCUACCUGAUCUGUUGUGGCUGAUCUGUCGCCAACGCUGUUUGAAGCACAAUUAGGUUUAAAGAUGCGCCCAGAGGCUUUUUCCUACGAUUACAUACACACGUAUACAUUACAUUAAAUUAGCAUACACAUACACACAUAUACAUACAUUACGAGUAUAUAGCCACGUAUAGAGCGUAUUUAAUUAUAAACGAAUAUGUGUUAAGCCAAAUAUUUUAAAGUUUAGAGAGAGACUAGUUUUGUGUUGGAUUUCCUCCGCUCUGCACCAGAGCACCAUCUUAUUUUACACCCGAAAAACCUGCAACGGGGGGUGUCCUACCAGACUCUCGUGGGUCUUUUUGAACAUUGAUUUCUGUUGGUUUUGAAUACUUUGUCGAUACUAUAUUACAACACCACCACUGCCACAACACUAAAACACUGAACUAUCUAAAUCGAGGCGUUCCGUUCCGUUGUCCCUAUUUUCUCUGAUAUUUCAAUUUUUUCAAUAUUAAUUUAGUUUGUGCGCGCGAAACUUUGUAAGAUGAUUGUUUGGGGGGUGGGGCGGGGGACCCGCUUUAUACCCUCAUAAGCCCAAUGCUGACACAUACACAGACCCAAACACCCCCUACCCUAAACAUACCCACGACACCAUAUACUAUACAAUAAACUAUAUAGUACUACCCUCUCUGUACACUCCUUAAACUUAAACGUACGUUUUCACGCCCACUUGUAAAUUAUUGUGACGACAACAAAAACAGAUGAAACAAGAAGAAACAAAACGAGAAAACAAAAAAAAGAUGAAACAAAAACAAGAAAGAAAACAAAACACAACUGUAAAAUAUUUAAAUUAUUUAGAAUCUAACAGAUAUAUGAAAUGUAAAUACAGUUUAAUUAGUGUUUAGCGCGUAUUUAGUUGUAUGUUUUAAAACUAAACUAAACUAAAGAGAAACUGUACAUUAUAUAACACAACUAAUGAUACGAAAGAAAAACAAACACUAAACGAUCGAGAUCAGAGAAGGAGAUGCGAUGAGAUCAUACAGAAGCAGAUAAACAGAAAGUAAAAGAUAAAAGAUAACACAUUUUCAAACAGAGAUGAAGCGCUGUUCAACAUAUGUUUAUGUAUAAGUUGUAUAUUUUAAGACACUUUUUAGUUAUUUCCUAAGUUAAUUUGAAGAAAAACGAUUAAAUUACACUUAUUUC